GCCGCUGAGGGAGCUGGGGGUGUUCGGCCCGGAGAGAAGGAGGCUCGGGGGGCCCUUGCUGCUCUCUACAGCACCUGAAGGGAGGGUGUAACCAGGCGGGGCUGGCUCUGCUCCCGGCGACAGGAUGAGAGGAAAUGGCCUCAGGCUGUGCCAGGGAGUCCGGGUUGGACAUUCAGGGGGAUUUCUUCAGAGAAGGGGUGAUUAUUCAUUGGAUGCUCACUGGAGGCGUUGGAGUGACCGCCCCGGGAGGUGCUCAAGGGAAGGCCGGCUGUGUCACUCGCUGCCAUGGUCCGGUCACUCGGCCGUGUUGGGUCACAGCUCGGACUCGGCGAUUUUGGGGUCUUUUCCCUCAGAUCUGAGACGCAGAGCAGAGCUCCCAUUGGCUGUGGGCUGCCGGUGACUCCGCCCCCUCCCGGGCCGCGCUCGCGGGGUUGUUUACAACGGCUGCGCGCAUUGACCCGCCCUCAGAGGCUCUCAUUGGCUGAGACGGGCAAAUCUCGCAAGUCUAUUGGCUGACAGCGGGGGUGGUGGCUCGUCACUCCUGAACUUUUCUCUCAUUGGCUCCAGGGGGGCGGGUAGCGCUGCUCCCAUUGGUGAUGCACGGCGAAGCUCCGCCCCCCUGGCGCGGUGCGUGGGGUGUAGGGGCGGGCCCGGCAGUCGGUGCCCGGCGCGGUGCGGGGCGCGAUGUGCCGGUCCGCGGCUGUGCGGGGAGCGAUGUCCGUGUCCGCAGCCGGCCGGGGAGCGAUGGCGCGGCUGCUGCUGCCGUGCGCCGCAUCGGCGCUGCUGCUGGCGGCCGUGGCGGCCAUCCCGCCGCCCGAGGAGGCGGCGCGCAUGGCGCGCUACGUCCUGCACAGCUGCGACUGGGGCGCGCUGGCCACGCUGUCGGCGCAGGAGGGGCUGCGCGGCCGCCCCUUCGCCAACAUCUUCUCCCUCAGCGACGGCCCGCCCGGGCCCUGCGGCGGCAGCGGCGUCCCCUACCUGUACCUGACCGACAUGGAGAUCUCCGUGCAGGACCUGGAGGUCAAUUCAAAUGCCUCCUUGACUGUGUCUUUGGCACAGACUCCUUACUGCAGGAAGCACAAAUAUGAUCCCCAGAACCCCCUCUGUGCCCACAUAAUCUUUGUUGGGAGCAUUGUAAAGGUGAAUGAUUCAGAGGCAGGCAUAGCACAAAAAGCAUUAUUCACUCGCCACCCUGAAAUGGAAAGUUGGCCCAAGGAUCAUAAUUGGUUCUUUGCCAAAUUUAACAUCACCAAUAUUUGGGUCCUGGACUACUUUGGUGGAUUGAAAAUUGUGACACCAGAAGAGUACUACAGUGUCAAGCCUUAGUGGAAGAAGAUCCUUGGUGAUGCUGAUGUGGAAAUGAAUUACUUUGGCUGUUUAAUGAAAGAUUUAUUUUUUCUAUAUAGUGUAGAGCUGAAUUAAUAAUACAAUAAAUCAAACACCUUGCAUUGUUAAUGAGUGUGUAUUACCCUUGUGAAGCAGAUUUAACUUCUCACUAACUUGAAUCAUGUCACACUGAAAAACCUUUGUGCAUAAGCAAUAACUAAAUUUUAUUCAUUGGAUGUGAAUUUGGAAACACGUCUGACAGUGUGCAUUCAGAAAUGUUGUGUUUACUGGAACUUAAACAAUUUGCCCAGUUCUAAAGCUUUCAGUGCCUUUAGUUAAAUAAUAUUUUUCUGAGCACUUUCCAAUAUUAUUUUAAUACCAGUUUAGUUUAGAAUUUUGUGGUGAAGUUCUACAGGGUGGCUCAGCUGAUGGAAUGGAAAACCUUGCCUGUAUUACAGGAGUUCCCAAAUCCUGUUAAAGAGUUUCCUUUGCACACUAAUAAACUCACUUGUUUGAGCCAUUUUUCUGUUUUAUUGAAAGUGCUGAAAAAUACAGUUGUGUUCAUGCCAGCUGUAUCUAUACCUCAGGAUAAGUUCUGGGUAAUUCCUCAGCUGAUUAUGUGCCCUGACUAUAAUAGAAGCAGAUGAGCAGUACCUAAAAUAUCUGACUUAAAAAGAGCAGUGUCUUGUAAAUUCAGUGAGACUGUUGUGAAGGAUAAAUGUUUUCUGAUUGAGAUUCUGAAAUACUCAGCUUUGUUAGUCUGAUCAAAUGGCAAUUUAUCAGCUUUUAUUACCCCCAACAGCAGAACUGAGCAGAUUUGGGGUCUGGAAGCCUUACACAGCAAUUUUGGAUUAGUAACCCAGAAGUGAAAAAGAAGCAAUGCACUAUGACACAAAUGAUUCAUGAUUUGUAGAGAAUGAAAAUUAACGAAAGGUGUGCUUAAUUAAUUCUGUGUUAAAGUAAAAAAAAAACAAAAAACCACAUUUUUAACAUCCACUCUGAUCUGCUGUGUGCUAAGUUCACAAACACUAAAAAGUGUUUAUGAACAAAUAAGUUGAUUUUACAGUGAGCAAAUAUUAACUAGUUGACCUAGAGCAAAGAAUUUAGACUCCUUAGAGGAAGUUGAUAUAUAGAACAA